UUUAUGUGUCUGCGCUCAUCUUUUAUUCUUAUUGAACAUAAUCCUUCUGUCAUGCUUCUUAGGAUACAGCUCAAUGAAAUUAAUUUUCAAAUUUACCUCAAGCAUCUCUAUACCUCAUGGCGCCGUAUCAACAAGAAUGUGGGAUUUAUUUACUUUUUUCCUUUUUACAGUCCAUUCAUAUGGAGAUGGGUUGUCUACUAGGUCAAAGACCCUCUGCACGGAGCAUCACAGAGUAGCAUGGUUUCCUCACUCUCUGAUGAUAGCUGAGUGGUGGUUGAAAGACUCAGGACCAGGAAGAAAUGAUUUUGAUUUAUUUUUCCAAGAGUUUAAUGACUGGUGCACAGGACUGCGUGUAUGCUGCAGUCUGUCUCUCUGCCGUCACCGGUGGGAGAACUUCUGCUGAGCGGCUGCGAGAAAGGAGUUCACACAAUCACCAUCACUAUGGAGACAGCUCACAGUGCGGUAUACUGUGCUGAUGUCGAGCUGAACGCAGAGCUGCAGCAGUGUGUUUUGUGGUUGCAGAGUUACUUCAGCUCUGCUGACUCAGUGACAUCACUCACCCCUCCAGCCAUACAUCACCCACUCCUACACACAGACUCCUUCAGUGCACGGGUGUUGAGGACGUUGCAGGAUCGCGUCUCUGUGGGUCAGACUGUGUCCUACAGACAGCUGGCAGAAAUGGCGGGAAAUGAGCGGGCAGUGAGAGCGGUGGGCGGAGCCAUGAGGAGGAAUCCGGUUCCUCUACUCAUUCCAUGUCAUCGUGUGCUGUGCAGCUCUGGGGCGAUUGGUGGGUUUAUGGGAGGAAAAGGAACGGAGAUAAAGCGCUGGCUCCUGCAGCAUGAGAGUCCAGACCACCUUAAAACACCUCAAAACGUAUCUAAUCCAGAUUAUAGUUAAGUGAGGAAUGUUUCACUGGAUGGAAAGAGAGACAGAAGUUUGAGUGUGUGUUGUUUUCAGUGUUAGUUGAGUCGUUCUGCGUGUUAGUGUGUGAAUGUUGGUGUGUGAAUGUGUGUUAGUGUGAGCUUUAGUGUGUUAGUGUAUGACUUGUCAAUUUGCGAGCGUUUAGUGUGUGAUAACGUGUGUGUUUUCAUGAACAUAAAGAGUAUUUAAUAAAAGUUAUAAUUCAUUAACUUUUAUUAAUAUAUGUUUAACACAGUAUGCAUUGAACAACAUUUAUCUUUUUUUACCAAACAGCUACACACACUCAUACACACUAACACACACACACACACAAUAAAAUAAUGAAAGUGUAAUUAAAGUUUCUGUCUUUGUUGCCUGAAAUGCCUGAAAGAAUAAUUAUUUGAUCAUCUUUAAACUGUCUCGAUGUUCAUGUUAAUUUACUUGUUCAUAUUGAGCUGCUGUUGUGUGUCAGUUUAAUGCUGUUAAAAUCCAACAGCAGUCUAAACCUGCUAAAGCCUUCAAAUUCCCACACUGGGCACAGCCUGCUGAUACUGGACACAGCCUGCUGGUCAGUGUGGGAGACUCUGUUGGGUGAGUCUGAUGAUGUCAGAACAGUGUGCAGCAGUGUUAGCGUGUAGCGAUGUCCUUUACAAAGGAUCAGAAAGAAUCUGUUCAGGUUUAUAUAGUUUCAUUUUGAAUUUCUGGAACAGAAAGGGACAGAAAACACAUACACACACACACACACACACACACACACACACACACACACACACACACACACACACACACACACACACACACACACACAGCACAUUUGAGACAAUUCCAGUGUAGUGACAUCACUGAUAAAGACUGAUAACCACUGAUAAUCACUGUUUAAUUUCUUAGAGAGGUUCUGUUUAUUAAUGUUGUUUUUCUGUAAUACAUUAAAGAUAUACAUUGUUGAAUAUUCAUGCAAGAAUUUGUUACAUUAUCGUUUA